UUUCUUUUCUCUUCUCUUCUCUUUUCUUUUCGCUUAUUUACAACUUGUCCAGUCAAGUCAUUCAUUCACCUUCACCUUCUAAUUUCCUCUGAUACUCCUUUCACCACACAAGAAGCCCUUACGAUACACGAAUCCAGCCUGGACAUCCCUCCGACAGAACCACGCCCCAGUAUGACGACCCCUAUCGAGAUCCCUCAGUCAAGGAUGCGGAGGUCCCAUCCCAACAAGAUCCACACCAUCAACACGACCUCACACCUCUCAAAGUCCUCCCCCGCAUUCUCAUUUCUCAGUUCACCCCCACCAAUGUCAGCACCCGUCUCUAACAGCCCCUUCAAAACCAACGUGGGCAGGAGCAGAAGUUCUAGUAGGAGCGGUGGUGUCGUCUUCAACACCCGCCCACGUGCAGCCUCGGAGGCCGCUCGCACAGCCAUGGAGGCCAUGAUUCAGACUCGACUGGAUAUAAUCACGAAACGACUUGAUCGGUUCAACACUCAAUCCCAAGAGAUUCAAAUCCAGACUGAACAACUCGCCAAAUCUUUUCAAGAAAAGGCCAAGCGGCUAUACAAGGUCGAGGACCACCUCCUGCGAGUCCAAGGCAAGCCCGGUCUGUCAGAGGCAUACCUCGAGGAUGGUCCCCGGAGGAGGAGGCUGACCAACGAUUUGGACGAGCUGAGCAUGGGUGUCAGGACACUGAGAAGGAAGUUCCAGGCUGCUAGCACCGCGGUAUCCGCCAUCAACUGGUUGAGCAACCUUAAAGACUCAGGGGAGCAGGGGUCUGCGCUAACGGAUAAAAACACUGACCUGGCGGCAACAGAUCAUGGUCUAGAGAGCACGGCUCUCCAUCCGUCCUCCUCACCCGCGCUAGGCGCCUUUGGCAAGAAGGAAGGUCAGGUGUUGCAGUACAUUCUGACCGCCCAAGAACUCUUCUCGAACGACUCUUCAUCAGAGGACGCAGCAGCACUCCCAUCGUCAGGUCUGAAUUCACCGCCUCUGACGCCCAGGGGCCCGCUCUUUGGAUCUUCGCUCUUGUCCAAGGGUCUGGAGGACCAUCAUUACUCACACACUCAUAAAUCCCGACCACUGUCCAUCAUCCCAGACCUCGAAGACCUUGCGGAAUCCCUUGAACAGCUCUCGUCCGCCAUUCAGGAGUCAACAAACACGGAGGCAUCGUCCGUGCAGCACAAUAAUGUCCGGGAUACAGAUGAGGAGCCUCGACCAGAGUUCAUGCAGGUCUUUUCACCACCUUCGCCUGCCUCCCCAACAACAAGAACAACAACAGGAAUAUCAACAACAGCAACGACAUCUGGACUGACUGAGCCGACCAUGCAAUGGCCUGCACGAGCAGAGACCGGAGGUGCAUUUGCAUUUAGUGAGCCCACCACAGGUACGGAUGCUGAAAAGGCUGCAGUGGCGCAAAGACGAGAGCAGCAGGAGCAUGAGGAACAACACGAGCUAGCAGACACAAGCCGAAAUCGACAGCAGACACAACAACACCAACAACGGUCGGACAAUAAUGACGCGAAUGAAUCGGAGCAGCUCGACGCUGACACAUCCAAGGAAGAGGCCAAGAACGGCACCAGCCUCCAAGAAGAUCAGGCUGCUGCUACUGCUGCUCCAAAACAUCCAGAACCGAUCCUUUCGAGCUCCACAGCCGCAACGACAGAAAUUCUUGAUCAACAGCAGCGUUCAAUUCAGGACGGUCCCUCCUCGACCGAAAACGAUGGCACGCCCGAGGACAAGACCGAUGGGUGGGUCCAAGCUCUUUGGCGUCUGUUAGUCCGGGCCGAGUACUUUCUACUGGGCACUGCAGUCUUGGGAGCAAUGAUGCCCGAUAACCUGAUUGCGCUCUGCGCAGGGUUCCUGUCCGCGACCAUGUAUGGGAUCCUGGUGGUGCGCCAUCGUCUGACGGCGAGCCCGGGCAAGGACGCGCCUCAUCCGCCGAAUGCGGCCUCUAUCGCGGCAGGUCAUAAGAAACGCGUUGCGGACGCUGUUGGUUCCAGAUCUAAGGGCACAGCAUCGACUCGACGGGCGAAGAAUUGAGAGGCGACGGAUGGAUGGGUUGAAUGAAUGAAUGAACGAACGAACGAACGGACGAGCGAACAAGGGCAAAGAUGGCCUUUAUGACACACCCACACCCACACCCUCCCACACAUAUACAUACGCACGCUACGCACACUUCCAGUUUUGAAUAUGUACAGCAACCCUUCUAUAACGUAUCUACGCCCUCUCCGAUUCUCUGUCAACUCGACGGAAUGACAAAAAGAAUACUUUUUGUAAUAAAUGACUUUAUUUUUUUUUCUUUUCCAU